CGAUCCAGGGGUAAACGCAGGCGGGAAGCGUGUUGUUAGUACUUCAUAGAUCCAAAAGCAUUUAGUACUCGUAGCUACUCAGAUUUGAAACAAAUCUGUACUCAUGAAGAGUGAUUCCAUACAAGCCACAAUAUGUCAAGAAAGAAAAAAAGAUCCAAUAGAAAUGCUUCAUUCUGGGCAGCUGAUAAAAGUCUGUGCCCCAAUGGUUCGCUAUUCAAAGUUGGCUUUUAGAACAUUAGUAAGAAAAUACUGUUGUGAUCUGUGUUAUACACCAAUGAUAGUGGCUGCUGAUUUUGUCAGAUCUAUGAAAGCCAGAGACAGUGAAUUUACCACAAACCAAGGUGAUUGCCCAUUGAUUGUUCAGUUUGCUGCUAAUGAUGCAAGACUUUUAUCUGAUGCCGCUCGCAUAGUGUGUCCUUAUGCAAAUGGAAUAGACAUUAACUGUGGUUGCCCUCAGAGGUGGGCAAUGGCAGAAGGCUAUGGAGCUUGCUUAAUAAACAAGCCAGACCUUGUUCAAGAUAUGGUGAAACAAGUUAGAAAUCAAGUGGAAAACCCCAGAUUUUCAGUGUCCAUUAAAAUAAGGAUCCAUGACAACCUUGCAAAAACUGUAGAUCUUUGUCGAAAGGCUGAAGCAACUGGGGUUUCCUGGAUUACAGUCCAUGGGAGAACUACUGAAGAAAGACAUCAGCCAGUCCACUAUGAUGCCAUUAAAAUAAUAAAGGAAAAUAUGUCUAUACCUAUAAUUGCUAAUGGAGACAUCAGAAGCUUAAAAGAAGCAGAAAAUGUGAGGCAGAUUACUGGGACAGAUGGUGUGAUGGUUGCAAGAGGACUUUUAACCAACCCAGCCAUGUUUGCUGGAUACGAAGAAACCCCACUGAAAUGCAUCUGGGACUGGGUUGACAUCGCUCUUGAACUUGGAACUCCUUAUAUGUGUUUUCAUCAACAUUUAAUGUACAUGAUGGAAAAAAUAACUUCAAGGCAGGAAAAAAGAAUAUUCAAUGCUCUGUCAAGCACAUCAGCAGUCUUAGAUUACCUCACAGACCAUUACGGCAUUUGACUGGACUUUCUAAAUUAUUUUAAUAUCAUUUUAUACCUACAAUGAAACUAUACAAGGUGACACCCAGCUUUUUACUUUAAAUCAGUGGCUUUCAAACUUUAGUACAAAAAAAUCCCUGGGAGCAUUUUUUAAAGCUCAGACCUACAUCCCCAUCCUCAGAGAUUCAGAUUCAGAUCUUGGGUGGACCCAGAAAAUUUAUUUUGAAGAGCCCAGGUGGUUCAACCAUCCUGGACAUCCU